GUGGUAAACGGAGUAGGACGGCCAUCUUCCCUAAAACACAAACAACAAGAGCGUACUAUCAAUACGCAUCGAGAUUGGAGAGAGAGAGUUAAAACAGUGAAAACGGAAUACGAUUCUCGAAGAGGAGCACAGAACACAAACAACUGCACAUGCAUUCAAAGUCAAUGUCGUAGAGUUUGACGGCGCGACUGGACAGUAGAAAUUGCUAUCGACAGCUCCAGAUACGGUAAAGAAGAGAGAGGGAUUGUCUGGAGUGAGGAGAGGUCACCAGCUGGGGCCUGGUCCACACAGCUUUGCCAAUACAACGGAAAGAGAUAGAAAGACACACACAAACACACAGAGAAGGAGAGCAAGAGUUUUGGAGGCUCAUAACUGCUACUGGCAGCUGUAUUAUCAACAAAUUAGUUUAGUCUCGUUUUUGUCGGUUUGUUUCAUUCCCUACAGUCAGUCGACUUUAGUAAGUAUCAGACUGUGCAGUUAUCGCAGUCACACAAGUAUUACUCAUUUUAGGGGUUUUCAUUUAUGUUUUUGGUUUCUGUUUGUUUGCAUUUGUUUGUUUCCAUCGGCUGUGAACAGGAGAUCUCUUUUUUGCUUUUUUUGCUCUCCUGUACACACGCCCUGAUUUAAGGCAGCUAUAUCCCUCAUAUCUUAAUUUGGAAACUCUUAAAAAACACACGCACACAUACAAACUAACAUACACACCUGUCGGCCCUCUCAUCCCAACCUGGUCCAGCCUGCUCUUGCCUGCGCCGCUCCCCUGGACAGGGUGUUUUUGUUUGCAGACUUUCAUCUCUGAGAAGGAAAGAAGAAUAUGACUGCUGAAACACUUAACUUCGGCCCAGAAUGGCUCCGUGCACUUUCCAGUGGAGGCAGUGUGUCUUCCCCUCCUGCCUCUCCUGCUAUGCCAAAGUACAAGCUGGCCGAGUACCGUUAUGGCCGAGAGGAGAUGCUAGCACUUUAUGUCAAAGACAACAAGGUCCCUGAAGAAAUGCAGGAUAAGGAGUUUGCUACUAUUCUGCAGGACGAGCCUCAACAGCCGCUGGCACUAUUGCCUCUGACUGAAGAGGAGCAGAGGAACUUUUCCAUGUCUGUCAACAGCGUGGCUGUGCUGAGGCUUAUGGGUAAAGGGGGUGGGGCCGUCCCGGCUGGGGUGAACCGAGGCCGAGGCGGCGUGCGAGGCGGCCGAGGGCGAGGAAGAGGAGAGGGAGGAUUCUACCAAAGAAGCAGUGAGGAAGGAGAGGGUGGAUUCGGUCGAAGUGUUCGAGAGAUCCAUCGUAGCCAGAGCUGGGAUGACAGAGGCGAGAGGCGUUUUGAGAAACCACUGCGGAGGGAUGGCGUGCGACUCGGUUUCGAGGAAGGGGCUCCUGGUGUGAGAAAGGAGUUUAUGCGGUCUGACAGCGACAACUGGCGCACGCUGAGAGAGGAGCAGGAAGAGGAGGACACGGGAGAGCCUGGAAGCAGCUGGAGAAUCACUGGCACACGAAGAGAUGACGGUGGUCCUCGCUCAGCUGGUUGGCGGGAACACAGUGGUCCGGGUGAAGUUCGCCGCAAGAAGUUUGACUUUGACUUCCGGGAUGGAGGGAAUGAAGGAGGUAGAAGGAGAGCAGGAAGUGAAGGAGCAGAGGAGGAGAGAGAUGGUCUGCCAGAGUGGUGCACAGAUGAGGAAGAUGGAGAAAUGGGAACCUUUGAUUCCUCAGGAGCAUUUAUGUCUGUUAAGAAGGGCCCAAAAGACCCCAUUCCAGAAGAAGACUUUGAGUUCCAGGGAUUGGAGGAUGAGGAAGAGGAUAGUACUAAUCAAGAGAAGGGGAACGGCAGUGGUGCAGAAAGUGAGAAAGAUGUGAUGGAAUCUGCUUCUGUGUCUGAAACUGAAAUGAAGCCUGUCUCUCCUUCCCCUCCCCCCUCUCUUCCUCCUCCUCUUCCUGCACCUCUCCCUGAGGUUGUGUCCUCUGCUGCCCCCUCUGGCCUGGAGGAGCCUCAGCCUGCCCCCUCCAUACCCAAUAAACUACCGACUGAAGAGGCCAUGUUAGAUUUGAGCCCCAGUGCCUCCUGCAGUCUGCCUUCAUCGCCUCCCUCCUCUUCCUCUGCUGCUACUGACCUCCCACUACUGGGGGGUGACAUUGAGGAUGAUGAGGGCAUGAAGCACCUGCAACAGGAGGCAGAGAAGAUGGUGGCAGCGCUACAGGACACUUCUCUCGAGGAAGAGUGUUUCACCCAGACUCUUCAGGAGAGCAGAAACACAGCUUCUGCCCUUCCUCUCUCCCAUGACUCCGCCAUGAAAUGGUUUUAUAAAGAUACGCAAGGAGAGAUUCAGGGUCCAUUCAGUACAAUGGAGAUGUGUGAAUGGUUUCAGGCAGGGUAUUUCACCAUGAACCUGCUUGUGAAGCGUGGUUGUGAUGAGGGAUUUCAGCCACUGGGGGAAGUCAUUAAGAUGUGGGGGCGUGUGCCAUUUGCCCCUGGCCCCUCCCCUCCCCCCCUCCUGGUGAGGAAUCAAGCCCUACUUCGCCCUCAACCACCCCGGGGGGCAACCGGUAAUAUGGAUCAAGAGCGGUUGAAGAAGCAACAGGAAUUAGCUGCUGCUUCAGCUCUUUACCAGCAACUCCAGCAACAGCAGCUGUUUCAGCUCAUCAACAGAUGUGGAGAGCAGAGUAUGAUGCCUUCAAUGAACAGGUCGAUGUCAGUGCCAGAUACAGGGUCCAUGUGGGACAUGCAUACCUCAGCUUCACAGCCAGCAGGUGGUGAGGCCAGUCUUUGGGACUUAAUGAAUUCUUCAACUCAGGGUCCAAUUCUAGAACAGCUUCAGAAGCUACAUGAGAGGAGAGAAGCUGAACUCAGGGCCAAGCGUGAGGAAGAGGAAAGGAAACGGAGAGAUGAAAAAAGGCGAGAGGAUCAGAAAAGGAGAGAGGAAGAGGAGCUUUACAGGCGCAAGCAGCAGCAGGAGUUGCUGAUGAAACUGCUUCAGCAGGUUCCGCGUCAGGGGUCGUCAGGCUCCGUGUCCAGCUGGAGUGGAGGAGCUAUCUCUGGGCUGGGGAAGCAGACCAAGCCCCUCAACCUCCUAGAGGUCCAGCAGGAGGCUGAGAGAAUGCACAAACAGCAGCACAGAGUCCAGCAACAGCAGAGGUGGGGAGAUGCUUCUGCAAUGUGGGGAGCCGGACCUUUGGAUGGAAAGGUGGGUGGCGGUGGCAGCCCCUCAGGAGGAGGGAUGGGCAUCUGGGAUGAGGCCCUCAAGAACCAGAGUGCUCUCCGCAACAACAUGGGGCUGAAGAACAGCCGUAGCAGUCCCUCACUGAGUGAGCAAUACCUGAUGAGGGGCCGUAAGCACACUGAGGAAGAGGAGCGGCUGUUGAAGCUCCUGCAGGGGAUGAAGUCUCAGGAUGGCUUCACUACCUGGUGUGAACAGAUGCUGCAUGCACUCAACACCUCUGCCAAUAACUCCUCCUCUUCACAGGAUGUGCCCACCAUUGUGGCAUACCUGAAGGAGGUAGAGUCUCCGUACGAGGUGUUGAACUUUAUCUGCUCCUACCUGGGCGACACUGUUGAAGCCAAAGAGUUCGCCAGGCAGUUCCUGGAGCGCCGUGCCAAACAGAAAGCUAACCACCAGAGACAGCAGCAGCAGCUGUCCAAAGAGAUGGCUGGACUUACUAUGAACAAUUUUUCUCUGCAGGACACUGUACGAGGAAUGAACCCCAGUGCCCUGCAGUCUAUGUUCCAGGCAGUGCAUUCUGGAAAAGGGAGUGUAGUGUAUGAUCAGGCAGGAAAGCUGAAGAAAAAACAGCCCACGAUGCUGCACUCCGACCCAAGCAUCUUAGGUUACUCAUUCCAUGGUGGCCCUGAUCGGUAUGGUCUAAACGAAAUGGAGAUGGUCGAGGAUUACUGAGUCCACAGCAAUAGCAACACGAGGCCUUUAAAUCCGCGGGUCCACCUAAUCAGACUCCGCAAGUCGAAUGUGCACUGCUUUGAAAGGGAGGGGUUUGGGGAUAAGCCAGGAGUAAGGUAUCAGUUUGUGUUACGGGUGGGUUGGGGAGGGAGGGGGGGUUUGCUGGGAAUACAAGAAUGUAAUUCAACGGGGAAGGUGUGAAUUUAUUUUUUAGUGUAUUUGGGGGAGGGGGGGGGGAGGGGGGUGUUAAUAAACUUCUGGCACUUACAGCAUUAAGCACCUUACACUCAGACUAAUGCACUUUAUUAAGAUGUAAUUUGAAUAUUUUUUUUUUCUUUUUUUUUUCUUUUUGAGAGAGAAGAUUUACAUGUAUAUUUAUGUGGUAUGGCUUCAGAAAUACUACCACAUACAUAUACUCUGUGUGUGUGCAUGUUUGUUGAAUCAGAACUGGAGUUUGUGCUGGGAGGAAACGGUAGCGAUCGGGGGACCAUUGCGUGUUUCAGUUCAGACAUUAUCAGAAAAAAGCAAAUCCUCUCUUUAAAGAAAAACACUGUUUUGUUUUUUAUAUUAAAAGUUUGUAUAAAAAGGUAAAGCUAUUAAAAAAAAAAAAAAACUUUGAUUAUAAAACUUGAAGAUUUGCACUCACAUAAAAUGCAAGUUAAAAAGAUAAAAAAAAAAAAGAAAUGCGUUAGAUAUAAUAGAGAUUAAUAUUUUUGUGAUUGUGUGCCUGUGUGCGCGUAUAUGCAUGUUUGUUCAAGGCAGAAUGAGUAAUUGUGUGUGUGUGUGUGUGUGUGUGUGUGUUUAAAACAUACCAGUCUGCACAAUGUAUUUUUUUUAAUUGCUUACUUAGAUGUAUGAAUCAUAAGAGGCCAUUUUGUUAUAUUGAGUGAUUUUUUUUUUUUUUAAUUUUUUUUUAUUUUAGGAACAGAGUAUGUGAAUGUGAGCGCUCGUAUACAGGGGGAAACUGUAUUACUCCUUGUAAAGUGCAGUAUGUUUGUAUGUGAGUGAAUCAAUGAAUGAAAGAAAGAAAGGCAGAGAGAGGGGGGCAACGGCACAACACAUCCUCUUUUACCAGCCCUUUAUUCCCCAACAAAGAAAAACCUCUAGAUUUAAACACAAAAGCUUUAGCCCAUUUUACACCGACCAGCACUCUUGUUUUCAUGGCAGGGAACAUAAGAGUUUCUUCCUGCCUCUGCUGCCUCAUCGUUGCCUCUAUGAGGUUUAAAAACACAUCAUUAGCGUCAUUGUUUUGUUUGUUAUUGAAACUGAAGAGCUCAAUUUGAUGAUCUGUACCUUUAGGAACUGAUUACUUGUGGUACGUGUGUAUGUCUUUUUCUGUCCCCACAUGUGUGCCUAAGAACUAAAGGGCGAAUGAUUAGACUUCAUUGCUGCCAUUGAGACAUUAUUUUUUAGUGGAGGGGUGUGGCUAUGUAUGUGGCUCCGCCCCCACACACCUCCCAUGCUUUGAACCAAGAGCCUUGCAUCAUUCUCUGUUAGUUCUAGUGUAGCCUGGGGAUGCGUAGAAAGAAAUAAAUGCUUGAUAUUUGGAGGAUGUGACCUAACAUUGCCUUUCUGUCCACUCUCUUGCUAUUGAGUGACUGGAGAUUCUAUUUCUGGCUAGAAAAAAAAAAAAAAAAGAUGGCAUCAAACUGUGCAAGUGCACAUAGCAGUGCACAAAAUGUUUGUAUAUUUUGUUACUUGUUCAUUGUUGUUGACUAUGACAAUGAUUGUGUUUUUUUUUUUUCUUUUAUUGUUAUAUAUAUGAAUAUAAACAAAGUGAAAAGUAUUGGACUACAAGGAAGAGCACUUGGGGCUGCUACUUUUUUGUUCAUUUUGAAAUCAUUUCCUUGGAUAUUUAGUUGCCACCAAUGUGAAGUGCAUUUGUGUACUUUUUUUUUUUUUUUUAAGAAAAUGUUGAAUGUAUUCCAAAAGUUAAACAGUGAAGAUGGAGUUGCUCAACACAGGUUAUUAAAGCGUAAUCAACAGGACAUCAACAGGAGCGAAAUCAAGUCGAUUCACGAUGGCUAACGCAAAAACACACUGCCUCUACAAUCCUGUUCGUAUAGACUCUAUGACUACGAAAAUGAAAAAGUAAAAAAAAAAAAAAAAAAAAAAGAUAUUCUGUUCCAUACUGGAGUUUUGGUUGUUUACAAACCACACAGACAUUUGUGGGUGCUUUUUUUUUUUUUUUUCUUCAUUUUUGUGGUGGUUGAAUAUGCGAUUUGACAUUUUAGAAUCAUUUUGAUGGAGGGGAUUUUAAUGGCAUGACGUCAAACCCUUCAUUUGCAUGUUGAUAUAAGCGUUCCCUAAACUCGCUGACUGAAACAAACUUGGAUCGCUGGAACACAAUUAAUGGAAUUCCAUCAAAGAUUUCUUCAUGUACAUUUAUCUUACAGAGAAGUGUUCAGGAAUCAGAACAAAGGCGACCAUAUUUUGUUUACCGAGCUGUUCUUUGUUUACCCUUGACUAAUCUUUCUUUAUAAUGGAACGGAAAGGACUUAUGAUCAUCAAGACAGAAGAAGUGCUUUAUGUUCCUGGAAAAGAUCAAAAUCAGACAGCACAGAUGACCUCUUGGUACUUUGAGAUGCAUAAAUCAAAUGCUUUAACAUGUUGUUCCCCUUUCCCCAAUCUUAAUUUUUGGCUCGUGGAUUAUUUUAUUGUGUUGAACAGAAACAAAGAGAUGGACAUAUCUGUGAUGGAUCUAGAUGAAAAGAAUGAUAUAUGUCCUGUAUGACCUCAAAUCUGCCAGAUAAUUCCUUGGACAGCGCAGACACAUUAUUUUGUAAUGUUUUUUUUCUUUUCUUUUUUUUUUCUUCCCUUUUCUUUGAGGGUGGACAGGGUGUAAUGGCCAUCAUCAUAACAAGAGGACUAGCACCGCCCUGAUACCCUCACUAUGCACUUUUCAUUUGUUCAAAACUGUGAGGAAAUUUAGCUCGGGCUUGGAGAGCACAGACAGAACACGGUCCACUGUCUGUAAGCAAAUGGAAGUUUCGGCCUAAGAAAAACUUGCAUGAGAGAGAGAAUGACUUAUUUCCUCAUUCUCUUUAUUGGUAUCGUUUCUCUGGCUUUCUGAGAACUUCACACAAGCUUUACCGUAGAUGGAUAAGGGAAGUUUCAGAGACAUGGAAAUCCCGUGGAGCAUUUUCACUGAACAAUGUUGAUACUUAAACUAUAUGAACAGUCUCCAAACUUAGUUACAGUGUGGGGAUUCAGAACAGAUUCACUCAAAACAGUGUUCUCCAUUAUGUUAAAAAGGAUUAAUAUGUUUGGUCCAGGGUGCUAGCCAACACAAAAAGGUGUUUUGUGGACUUGAUUAUUUCAUUGAUGACUGAAAAAGACCUUUUGGAAAAAGAGGACUGGAGGACUUUUUUAUUGAAGAUAAAGAACCAAUAAGCUCUGUCAGCUUUACCAUCACCUGCUGAAUGCACGGCUGAAUUCCACCUUUGGCUUGAAGUGGGUACAGUGCUACAAGACCGUCUGCUUGAUGAAGAUGGAGGCUUUCCACUGAUUUGUUUCAUGCUUUGUUCAUCUACAUCUCCUCUUCAGUGGAAGAGGCCCGUUAUACAUCAACAUUGGGGAUUCCAAACAGCACAUGGAAUGGUAAAUGCCCAACCAGAACUAAGAUCCCAGUAGGAAAUGGAGUAAUCCAGUUUUCUGGAACCAUGACAUCCCUCUCUAAGGAGCACUGCGAACUUGGACAUGUUCUUGUUUCCUUGGUAGGAGGGAGAGAACUGCAAAUACUGGAAUAGUCAAACCUUCAAUAGUUCUGUGUGCAGCCAGGGGUUCCCUUUACACACAGCACACUCACAUUUAAUCUAAAACACACCUUCUCAUACACACAUACCCAAGAACAGAUUUGCUUUUUUGUCAGUUACACACACAUUCACCCUUACUCUCACUGAUGUGGCUGACCACAGUCCCACUACACCUAACCUCUGGCUGCCAUGUAAAUAAUGUAUAUAAGCAUCUCUCAUUUCUCUUCUGGGUUUUUGGUUGUUUGAAUUUUUUUUUUUUUAUGACAUGCCUUAACAGAUCAGUUCUGCCUAUUAAGGCACAUGUAAUGAUGUGUGAAUAGAAAAGUGUUCUCAGUCAUGGAGACUAGCUCUGUGACGUGAUACAGUGUGAUUUUAUGAAACCCUAGAAAUAUUAUGCUUAUGAACUUGCUCUUCCCUCACACAGGCAAAGUGAUUUUUAUAACAUUACAAAAGUUCCUUUGUAAGAUCUCAAAAAAGAUGCAGCGUAAUUGAUAACUUCAUUCACUUGCACUGGUUGUAACUGAGCUAGUGUUGUAAAUGUGGUCAUCCUGCCUGAGUUAGGAUACAGUUUUUGCCUUUAAUUUGGAAAAACAAAUGUCUUAUGGAAUACAAAGCUGUUCCUGGAUCAGCACUGCUAGAAGUUUCUGACUUUGUGAUUGAGGACUUUGUGAACAUGUGUGGAUUCUGAACCUAGAUCAGUGGUACUUCCUUCAGAAGCUCUGAUAAUUGAGAGAGGCUCAGUGUUGAUAACGAGUCAGAGUGCUGAUCUAGAAUCAGGUCCAUUUGUCUCUUAUUCAUGUCUACUUGAAAGGCAAAAACUGUCCAGUUCAGAAUUUACUGCCAUAUCUUUAACAAAAGGAUGCUUUUUCAUUCUAUCUUCUAUGGCCUCAGAAUAAAGGUUGCUGUUGAGAAAUACUUUGCUAACCCUUCCUCAAGCAUCAGCUGUUACAGAGUUAAAGAUCUGAGAGGAUGUGAUUUGAUGGAGGUGAUGCUGAUGUCAUUAUCUUAGUAAGGUAUUGCCCAUUAAAGGUGAUUAAUGUUUUUUUUAAAGUUGAAGGCCAGAUUAAACAAAUCUGAGAUUCCUAAUAUCUUUAUUAGUAUGCAAGCAUCCAUAUUUUCAAUUGUUAGUGAAAAUGCAAAUGCAUAUUUCUCAUAUUAAUUGAUUCUGUGUGAAAUGCAACAAUACUGUAUUAACAGCAUCACAGACAAAGAGCUGAUCUUGGAUCAGGCCCCCUUGUGUGUUCACGAUCAGUGUAUUCAACAGAAUAACUGAGACACUAGAUCAACAUUUUCACUGUGUGAAGUCUAGUGCGUAAUGAAAGAUAUUUUACAUCAGUAGUCACCUUUGCUUUCUGCAACUUUGACCUAAGGUGGAUCUUUCAAAUUCCAGAUAUAAAACAAUAUAAAAGGGUCAUUAGAAAAAAAAAAUUUUUUUUUUUUUGGAAGGAAAAGGUUUGAAUAUUCAUCAUGUAAAUAGCUUUGGGGGUUUCUGGUUUGUUUGAAGAAAAGAAAAAUAAUAAACUAAGAAUAAAGCA